CCACUGAGCAAGGCCAGGGAUUGAACCCUUACCUCAUGGUUCCUAGUCAGAUUGGUUUCAGCAGCACCAUGAUGGGAACUCCUAUUUCCUAAAUCUUUACCUUUUUGGCCUCUUAAUAAUUUUAAGCAAUUUUUAUAAAUGUUAAGAUUUAUUCAUCUUCUGAUAGAAUAAGCACAUUUUAUAUUACCUGAGUCUAUAGAAUAGGAAUUUACAACUGCCCACAGACUCUCAAUCAUUCAUAGGAAAAAAAUAUAUAUUGCAUACCCACAAUUUCUUUUUUAUGUGUCUUGUAGAAUUUCAUAUUGAUAUUAAUGCACAGAAGUGAGCUUAUUUUUUAUGGUACCAGUAAAUUGAUAGAUAAUAAGCAAGAAAGUAUUGCCAUAACUAAUUGUCUUAUAAUAAUUAGUUGUAUAAAAAGAGUAAUUAGAUUGAAUAGAAACACUUCAGCUGGGGCAGUAGUGAGGGGAAUGGAUUAGGAUAGGAUGCAACGAAAGACUUCACCUGUUUCUAUGACAUUAUUUCUCUUCUCCCAUAUGUGAAAUAUAGUAAGAUUAGCAUGAGCUUUGGAAUCAUAAAGACCUAAUUUGAAUCUGAUUGCUGUGAUAUCAUUUCUGAUUUAUAGACAGAAUCUUCUGAAAGUUAAGUAAAUUUCUAAUAUUACCCCUAUAGUUAGACAGUAAUAACUACUUUUUCUUAAAGGUGUUUUGAAGAUAAAUAUAUAAAAUACUUAAUAUUACCUGAUAAUUAGUGAUCUUUCAGUGAACAUUGACCUCCCACCCACAUGGAUUUCUCCUUUCAUUUCUUAGUGAGGUUUUUAGAAAAUAGAUCUUGAGUUCCUGUUGUGACACAGCAGAAACUAAUCUGACUAGUAUCCAUGAGGAUGAAGGUUCGAUCCCUGGCCUCUCUCAGUGAGCAACUGUCCAGCGUUGAUGUGAGCUGUGAUGUAUAACACAGGCUGGUAGCUGCAGCUCUGAUUCAGCCCCUAGCCUGGGAACUUACAUAUGGCACAGGUGUGACCCUGAAAAGCAAAAAGGAAAAAAAAAAAAAAGGGAAAGUAGAUAUUUUUAGAAAAAAAAAAAAAAACAAGUUUUUUAACAAGUAUUUUGCUUCUUUCUUUCCAUUAUCACUCAGUCUGUUUUUUACUUUAUUUUGUAGUUUUGCAUAUCAGACAACACAUUGGCCAUGGGAUUUCCUUUCUAUUUAACUCUUUCAUGUUGGCACUCUUAAGAACCCUUAUAAAUAAAAGAAGUAUUGAUAGGGGAUUCCCUUGUGGCACAGCAGGUUAAGGAUCUGGCAUCAUCACUGUGGCAGCUCCUGGCUCAGGAACUUCCACAUGCCACAGGUGUGGCCAAAAAAAGGAAAAAGAAAACAAAAGAUAGAGGAUGAUGAAUCAGGGAGAACAGACAUUUCCCAAAGAGAUAAUUCUGCAGAGUUGACUGUGUUUUUCUUAGAAUUCUCUUCCCACUUUUUAAAAAACGACAUGAUAAAAUUGAUCAGUUACCAAAACUGCUAGUAGAGCAGUUUAUGACUUCUGUUUUUUGCCUGGACGGUGUAUUUUAUUAAAAACUGGAUGUAAUAUGCAUUCUAAUCUAUAUCCAGUUAUACAACCUGAAUAAUUAAAUUAGAACAUUUCAAUAAUACAAAUACAAUUUUUACCCUUUUUUGGUCACCUCUAAAAAACAGAAAUGUUAAAACAUUGGACUGGAAAUCCCUGAAUGCCUUUAUUAUUUAAACUACAUUAAAAUGCAUUGUAUGAUAAAGCAUUGAAGUAAACUUCAAGUAGCAUCCCUGAAAACUGAUUUCUCUCCAAUUCUUAAGUUAAUGAGGUGGUAAUCUCUCUUUUUGUCUUAAAAUAACAUUACCUUUCAGGUAGUGUAAUAGCUGUCUUUAAACAACAGCAAAACACCCUGUUCUUCCUGGGGUCUUUGAUAACAGUAAUUGUAGUCAUUGGGUUGUGUAAUUAUUGCCUUUUGCAUUGGUAAUUUGAGGAUGGGGAUUCUUUCUAGGCUCUGUUCUCUUCACCCCGUAACACAAGUGAUGCUCCCUGCAGUACUUUAUUGCUGGAUGACAGAAGUCAUCUUUCUCUUCCAGUAGGAAAGGAUUUAAAUGUAAAGUACAUAUUUUAUGCUGUGCUUAUAUACUUUGGGUUGAAUAGCACAAAAUAUGUAUUUAAAACACUAAGUGUCAGGACGCUUACAAAUUUUGUAAGCAUUACAUUUUUCAGGAAACAUUUUUUAUUAAAAUAUAAUUGAUUUACAGUGCUGUGCAGGAAACUUUUUUAUUUUUUGGCUCCCCUGUGGCAUAUGGAGUUCCCAGGCCAGGGAUCAGAUUUGAGCCGUGGUUUUGACCUAAGCCACACCUGCAACAAUGCCGUAUUCUUAACCACUGUAUGGGCCGGGGUGGGGGUGGGGGUUUUAACCUUCUUCCCAGUGCUCCCAGGACACUGCCAAUCCUAUUGCACCAAAGCAGGAACUCCAGGAAACGUUUUUUAAUAAAUACUCUUGAAUGUAUUUACUAACUGCACUCAGACAAAAUACAUUUAUUUUAGGAGAAUUCAGAUUAAAAAUGGGAGAAUAAGUAUUGUGAAUUAUUAGAACUCUGACUGGUAGUUUGAUGGACUUGGAAAGAAAGAUAGUCUCCUAUACAUCAGUAACCUUUCAACUUCAGCAAUAGUGUUAAUUAUAUGUUUAAGUAGAGCCUCUAGGAUUAAACAUUUUAUGCACAGUAUCAUAUCUAAUUUAAAUGUGUAAAUAGUAACCGUUUUUGAGAGUUAGAAUGAGGAGUUGUAUGGAAGUUGGCCUGAAAAAUUAAAAUACUCUUUUGCUGCUGAAAUGUAGGUAUUUUUUACUGCUUGAGUGCGUUGAUCAGCACAUAUCCUCUUCUACUCUUUAAGGGACUUUGGGUAGUGGCACAGCCUAAAACAACUAGAGAGAAAAUUCUGGCUUAUGGAUUAGAUUGCAUUAGUAAACAAGAAAACUAAUUGGUGAAUAUGAGUUAACAAAAUUUUUUGAGUAAAUAUUUCCCCACAUGCACUUAUUUGGAUGUUAAUAAUUUAAUUUUUAAAAGUUUGUUUUAAAACAUUGAUUAUUAUAGCAUGUAGACUUAUGUUGGGUGGGAAAAGUACAGAUGGGAAAUUGAAACUGUUUUAAACAUGUAAAUUAAAUAAUCAACCCUACAAUUUUUGUUUUUUGUUUUUUUGUUUCGUUUUUUUGUUUUUUGGUAAAGUAAUCUGGAUUGCUUAUUUUAUAUGCUGGGAUGCUAGAUGUUUUUUCUAUUAAUACACUUAACUUGCAUUCUAGCUUCGCCAUUCAGAGACAGGCAUCGUGUGGUGGGUUGUGUGACAGUGUCUGUCAAUAGUGAAGACAAAUAGUGCCAGAGACACUUAACCCAUCCAAUCUCACCCAGGGUAUAGGAUUUGCCUCUGAAGCAGGGAGUGUCUGCAUUAAAAAUGACCUGUAGUUCUCUGCUUCAUAGGUUAGAAACUUAUUUUAAUAUUUUGUGGCUAAGCACAGUCCCACUUUUCAAAUUCUAUAAUGAAUUAUUUAAUUGGCAUUGAAUGUGGACCACAAGCAUAUUCGAUAUUGGGGUUUUUUUAUUAUUUUAAAUGAUUAAAAUUCAAUAGAAAAUCUAUCUGAGGCAAUAAAAGCUUUAUUUUUGCUUUACAGCUUAAAACAUUAAAUUAGAUUUAAAAAAAUUUAUCAAUUAUAACACAAGUAAAAUAAUGCUAUUUGGGCAUUUUAAAAAAUUGCAUUUCUUAGGUCUUGUUUUGCUUGAAGCAUUUAUAUUCUAAAAUGUAACCAAAUUCCAACUAUUCAUUUUGGGGAAAAACAAUCACUUCACAAAUCACAUUUUCAAUGGGACUGCUAGCCAGUGUAGGUGAAAACAUGUAUAGUGUAUUUACUCUUAAAUUGUACACUGCAGAUGCUUCUUCAGCUCCCUCCUCUUCCUCCAUGGGCGGUGCUUGCAGCUCCUUUACCACCUCUUCCAGCCCUACCAUUUAUUCUACCUCAGUCACCGACAGCAAGGCUAUGCAAGUGGAGAGCUGCUCCUCAGCCUUGGGGGUAAGUAACCGAGGGGUAAGUGAAAAGCAGUUAACCAGUAACACAGUUCAGCAGCAUCCAUCAACCCCGAAGAGGCACACAGUCUUGUACAUCUCACCACCACCUGAGGACUUGCUGGAUAACAGUCGGAUGUCCUGCCAGGAUGAGGGGUGUGGAUUGGAAUCUGAGCAGAGCUGCAGUAUGUGGAUGGAGGAUUCCCCCUCCAACUUCAGUAACAUGAGCACCAGUUCCUACAAUGAUAACACUGAGGUACCUCGUAAAUCACGAAAACGAAAUCCAAAGCAGAGGCCGGGGGUCAAACGACGAGAUUGUGAAGAAUCUAACAUGGAUAUAUUUGAUGCCGACAGUGCCAAAGCACCUCACUAUGUGCUUUCUCAGCUUACCACGGACAACAAAGGCAACUCAAAAGCAGGAAAUGGAACAUUGGAAAACCAAAAAGGAGCUGGAGUAAAGAAGAGCCCUAUGUUGUGUGGACAGUAUCCUGUCAAAAGUGAGGGAAAGGAGCUGAAGAUAGUUGUACAACCUGAGACCCAGCACCGAGCUCGAUACCUGACUGAGGGUAGUCGUGGCUCAGUAAAGGACAGAACACAGCAAGGCUUUCCUACAGUAAAGCUGGAAGGCCAUAAUGAGCCAGUAGUGUUGCAAGUGUUUGUGGGCAACGAUUCUGGUCGAGUGAAGCCGCAUGGAUUUUAUCAGGCCUGCAGGGUAACUGGGCGAAAUACAACUCCCUGCAAAGAAGUAGACAUCGAAGGCACGACUGUUAUAGAAGUUGGCCUUGAUCCAAGCAACAAUAUGACACUGGCGGUGGACUGUGUGGGGAUAUUGAAGUUGAGGAAUGCUGACGUUGAAGCCAGAAUAGGAAUUGCUGGUUCCAAGAAAAAAAGCACUCGUGCCAGAUUGGUUUUUCGAGUAAAUAUCACAAGGAAAGAUGGCUCUACUUUGACACUGCAAACACCUUCCUCUCCAAUUUUAUGUACUCAGCCAGCAGGAGUGCCAGAGAUCUUAAAGAAGAGCUUACAUAGCUGUUCAGUGAAAGGAGAGGAAGAAGUAUUUUUAAUUGGCAAGAACUUUCUGAAAGGAACUAAAGUUAUUUUCCAGGAAAAUGUUUCUGAUGAAAACUCUUGGAAGUCAGAAGCUGAAAUCGACAUGGAAUUAUUUCAUCAGAAUCAUCUUAUUGUGAAGGUUCCCCCAUAUCAUGACCAACAUAUAACUUUGCCAGUAUCAGUGGGAAUAUAUGUAGUGACCAAUGCUGGAAGAUCUCAUGAUGUUCAGCCAUUCACUUACACUCCAGACCCAGCAGCAGCUGCUGCUUUGAAUAUAAAUGUGAAGAAGGAAAUAUCUAGUCCGGCAAGACCUUGCUCUUUUGAAGAGGCCAUGAAAGCAAUGAAAACUACUGGAUGUAACUUAGAUAAGGUGAUGCUUCCUAAUGCUCUGAUCACUCCACUCAUAUCAAGCAGUAUGAUUAAGAGUGAAGAUGUUACUCCAAUGGAAGUAACAGCAGAGAAAAGAUCUUCCCCUAUUUUUAAGGCUGCAAAAACAGUUGGAUCAACUCAACAAACAUUAGACAAUAUCUCUAACAUAGCAGGAAAUGGAUCUUUUUCAUCAUCAUCAUCUUCUCACUUGCCUUCUGAAAAUGAAAAGCAGCAACAGAUUCAGCCCAAGACAUACAACCCAGAGACCCUGACGACUAUCCAAACACAGGAUAUUUCACAGCCCGGUACCUUUCCAGCAGUUUCUGCUUCUAGUCAGCUGCCCACUGGUGAUGCACUACUGCAGCAGGCUACACAGUUUCAGACAAGAGAAACUCCGUCUAGAGAGGUAUUGCAGUCAGAUGGUUCAGUGGUUAAUUUGACACACCUGGCUGAGGCAUCACAGCAACAGCAGCAGUCACCACUACAAGAACAAGCACAGACUUUACAGCAGCAAAUUUCAUCAAAUAUUUUCCCGUCACCAAAUAGUGUGAGUCAGCUACAGAAUACGAUUCAACAGUUGCAGGCAGGAAGUUUUACAGGCAGUACUGCCAGUGGCAGCAAUGGAAAUGUUGACUUGGUCCAACAGGUUUUAGAGGCACAACAACAGUUAUCUUCAGUUUUAUUUUCUGCUCCAGAUAGUAAUGAGAAUGUUCAAGAACAGCUUAGUGCAGACAUUUUUCAACAAGUCAGUCAAAUUCAAAAUAGCGUAAGCCCUGGAAUGUUUUCCUCAACAGAGCCAGCAGUCCAUACCAGACCAGAUAAUUUAAUAGCUGGAAGAGCUGAAAGUGUUCACCCACAGACUGAAAAUGCGUUAUCUAAUCAACAGCAGCAACAACAGCAACAGCAAGUGAUGGAAUCAUCAGCUGCAAUGGUGAUGGAGAUGCAACAGAGUAUCUGCCAGGCAGCUGCCCAGAUUCAGUCAGAGCUAUUUCCUUCAACUGGCUCAGCAAAUGGAAACCUUCAGCAGUCCCCAGUUUACCAGCAGACUUCCCACAUGAUGAGUGCAUUAUCUACCAAUGAGGACAUGCAAAUGCAAUGUGAAUUGUUUUCUUCUCCUCCUGCAGUUUCUGGAAAUGAAACUGCUACAACUACCACACAGCAGGUUGCAACCCCUGGCACUACCAUGUUUCAGACAUCAAGUUCAGGAGAUGGAGAAGAAACUGGAGCACAAGCAAAACAGAUUCAGAACAGUGUCUUUCAGACUAUGGUCCAGAUGCAACAUAGUGGCGACAGUCAACCUCAAGUUAACCUUUUUUCAUCUACCAAAAGUAUAAUGAAUGUUCAGAACAGUGGUACUCAGCAGCAAGGUAAUGGUUUAUUCCAGCAAGGCAAUGAGAUGAUGUCACUCCAAUCAGGGAAUUUUUUGCAGCAGUCUUCUCAUUCACAGGCUCAACUUUUUCAUCCUCAGAAUCCUAUUGCUGAUGCUCAGAACCUUUCCCAGGAAACUCAAGGUUCUAUUUUCCAUAAUCCAAAUCCUAUUGUCCGCAGUCAGACUUCUACAACCUCCUCUGAACAAAUGCAGCCUCCAAUGUUUCACUCUCAAAGUACCAUGGCUGUGCUACAGGGCUCUUCUGUUCCUCAAGACCAGCAGUCAGCAAACAUAUUUCUUUCCCAGAGUCCAAUGAAUAAUCUUCAAACUAACACAGUUGCCCAAGAGGAACAGAUUUCAUUUUUUGCAGCUCAGAAUUCAAUUUCUCCACUUCAGUCAACAUCAAACACUGAGCAACAGGCUGCCUUCCAACAGCAGGCUCCAAUAUCACACAUCCAGACCCCUAUGCUUUCCCAAGAACAGGCACAACCCUCCCAGCAAGGUCUGUUUCAGCCUCAGGUUUCCCUGGGCUCCCUUCCUCCUAACCCAAUACCUCAAAAUCAACAAGGAACAAUCUUCCAGUCACAGCACUCAAUGGUUGCCAUCCAGAGUAACUCUCCAUCCCAGGAGCAGCAGCAGCAGCAACAACAGCAGCAACAGCAGCAACAGCAACAGCAACAGCAGAGCAUUUUAUUCAGCAACCAGAAUACCAUGGCUACAAUGGCAUCUCAAAAGCAACCACCACCAAACAUGAUAUUCAACCCAAGUCAAAAUCCAAUGGCUAAUCAGGAGCAGCAGAACCAGUCAAUUUUUCAUCAACAAAAUAAUAUAGCCCAAAUGAAUCAAGAACAACAGCCCAUGCAAUUUCAGAAUCAGCCCACAGUUUCCUCACUUCAGAACCCAGGUCCUGCCCAGUCCGAAUCAUCACAGACAUCCUUGUUCCAUAGCUCUCCUCAGAUUCAAUUGGUCCAAGGGUCACCCAGUUCUCAAGAGCAGCAAGUAACUCUCUUCCUUUCUCCAGCAUCCAUGUCUGCAUUGCAGAACAGUAUAAACCAACAAGACAUGCAACAGUCUCCUCUUUAUUCCUCUCAGAACAACAUACCUGGAAUCCAAGGAGCCACAUCUUCACCUCAGCCACAGGCUACUUUAUUUCACAACACUACAGGAGGUACAAUGAACCAGCUACAGAAUUCUCCUGGCUCUUCUCAGCAGACUUCAGGAAUGUUCUUAUUUGGCAUUCAAAAUAAUUGCAAUCCACUUUUAACUUCUGGACCAGCUACAUUACCAGAUCAGUUAAUGGCCAUAAGUCAGCCAGGCCAACCACAAAAUGAGAACCAGCCACCUGUCACAACACUUCUUUCUCAGCAAAUGCCAGAGAAUUCUCCGCUGACAUCCUCUCUGAACACCAACCAGAACAUUGAAAAGAUCGAUUUGCUUGUUUCAUUGCAAAACCAAGGGAACAACCUGACUGGCUCCUUUUAACUGGAUAUAAAUUCCAUGAAGAAAUCCUGAUUUCAAGAUAUCCUGAGAUCUUGUGAUUCCAUGAGGAUUAUCGAACUGUUACUUUAAAAACAAAACAAAAUAUGAAAAACUGUGACUGAGUAAAUGGAUAGAUUUUACUCUGACUGCAAAAGAGCACACCUGUGCUGCCUAUUGCAGUCUACCAUUGUUAACAUCUUUUUAUUUUAUAUUCCUAAUAACAGUGAUGACUGAGAAACUAUUUGAGUUUCCAGCUGAAAGAAUUAAUUGUUACUAUUUUCCUAGGCACUAUUUCUUUAAAAGAACAGUUUAAAUUGAUAAGCUGGACCACUCAGUUAUUAUUGCUAUUAGAAAAGAAUUCAUGUUGUCAUGUUUACUUUUGUUCUUCAUUCAUAUUUUCUUUCCUGCCUUGUUUUAGUCAAGUAGUGGUUUUUGAAAAAGGAAAGUUCAAGUAAUAACUAAGGCUGCGACUUUUUAGUAUAAAAAGCACAGCCAUUGGCCAAAGUGAUGAAGGAAUCUUUUUUCAGUUUUUAUGGAAAAACUGAAGGAGUAACAUUCUGACAAGUAAGCUGUAUUAAGAGCUCUACACAGAGAAGAGGCCUCUUUAUCACAGACACCACACUUACAAACUGGGAACAGCUGGAAUGCUAUUGAUGUUAUUUUUCAGAGAGUUAUUACUUCUCUGUAUUUCUGGUAAGGGUUUUAGCCAUAACUGUGCAUAGAAAAAUAAUUAUCUUGCUCUAUAAAAAUGAAGGGGGUAAUGUAUGGUAAAUUAUGUUCUGAUAUCCUCCUACAGUCAUUAAAACUGACAGAGUAAUUUGCUUUGUUAUCCCAGUCUUGGACUGGUAUUCCCUUUUUAUAGUCAUCUGUUAUUCUCUCCCUCUUCUUCUUUACUUUAAACAAUUAAUAUAUUAAUAGCUUUGUGACCCUAUAGUAACUAAUUGAAAAGGCCACUUUGAUCUGGGGUAACCCAGCAACUCCUGCAGCACAAGCGGGCGGGGGAGGAGGGGUACCCUUUCAGGAAUGAGGAGAGCUGACUGCUGAGAAACAAGAAACAAUGCAUUUUUUUUCCCAUGAACGGUGCUGUUCUGAAGUCUUCAAAUUUUUCCCUCUGUUAGGAAGCAGUGUAAAUUUUAAUUUAAAAAAAAAAAAAAAAAAAAAAAAG